AUGGUGCUCAAGGAAUUUCUCGACUCAGACCGAGUCAACUUUCUCAUCUGGAGGUAUUUGCUAGAAGGCAAUUACAGAGAAACAGCCGCCAAGUUCCAGAAGGAAUGGCACGUCAAAGAGCCGCAACGGGACUUCGAGUUUGCGCGCCAUGUCAAGGGCCGUGCUCUAGUGUCCGUUGUCAACAGCGGCCUCAUCUACUAUGCUCUCGAGCGUGAAUAUGCACGCCGUCAGCAGAUGCCUGAGGAUGCGGCUGCACAAGACGAGUCGCUGCACAACGGCAUCUUUGGACCGCUGGAGGUGCAACCACCGGCCAAGAUGGAGGAGGAUGUCGAGAACGAUGAGGAUGCGCCGGGAGAGGAGGACGACGAGGCGGAGCUGUCGCGAAAACGGAAUCACAAUUCACUGCCCAACGGGUCGCCCUCCAAGCGCCCACGGCUCGAUAACCGCUGCGAGAGCAAAUCCGAUGCAGCCACCGUCAGCACCCCAAUGGAUGUGGACCAGCCGGACGACCACCAUCAGGACGACGACCAGAGCCUCAACGACAACCACGCCUACCCGUCGCCGCUCGAGGGCGAGCAGGUGCCGGCGAUUGUGCGGACGGAGGGCCCCGAGCAAGGCACGCAGGUCGACAAGGUCGAGCAGCUGUUUGCCGGCACCACCUUCAUCCGCCUCAUGGACGACUGCGCCACGGAAACAGCGCCCUCGCCCUCAGCCGGCUCUGGCUCUGAGAACGCUCCCAUCCUGCUGCAGUGCGAGUGGAACCCGACAGACCCAUCAAUACUGGCGGCUGCUGGGACCGAUGCGCUAGCCCGCGUUUGGACCAUUUCGCGUGCCACGGCAACUGACCAAGGCGACCAUCACGUGUCUCCCCACGCCCACGCCUUGCUGGAUCCCGAGGCGCCCAAGACGACGACGGUGACGGCGCUGGCCUGGAUGUCGGACGGCUCGUCCAUUGCCGUGGCCAGCGACUGCGGCGGAGCUCGCGCCGCCAUUCACCUAUGGUCUGCAGGCGGUGAGAUUGUCCAGGCGCUAGACGUGUCGGAGCCGCCCGUUGUGCGGCUGUUGUGGAAUCCCAGUAACACGGCGCUGCUCGCCAUCUCACCAGAGAACAAGACCGACACGCUGGUGACGGUGCACUCGAUUGCCACAAACAAGUCUCUUCGCUACCGCCUCCCGGGUCACAGCCUCGAUACCGGUCUGGAUGCAACAUGGACCGGCGACGCGGAGUUCUUGAUUUGCGGCGGCGGCACGUUUGAAUGCCUGACCGUGGGCGAGACGGCGAUCCAGAGGACUCGUAAGUUCGAGACGAAGGAGGACGAUCACUUUGCCCAGGUCUUGUUCGACCCACGGUCCCAGCUCGUCGCUACAUCGAGCGACAAGGGCGUCUUGGACCUAUGGGACGAAUCAGGGCAGCGCCGGUCAAUAUCAGCCCAUCAAGGUUCAAUCACAACGAUGGCUUGGCAGCCAUUGCCUUCGGGCGAGUUGGCCGACGACGACGAGCGGUUGAUCGCCACCGGAGGAGAGGACGGCGCCAUUCUGAUAUGGAACGCCAGAAGACCGGAGAGCAAACCAAAGUGCUUCUUCACAAUGGAUCUGCCAGUUGUGCGGCUCGCCUUUACCCCCGACGGAGCCUUUAUUGCCGGAGCCACUCCCAGAAGCGUCACGAUAUGGAAGGUUGACAGCCAUUCUUUGCCGCGGGCCGUAUGGAGGCCUUCUAGGGAUGAGUUUGAGAACUUUAGAGGCAAUCAAGAUUCUGAGGAGGAGGACGAGCACUGCUUGUGCUGGGAUAAUACUGGCCAGAAGCUGGCCUAUGGCGCUAACAGUCGACUUGCCAUUAUCAGCUUCAGGGCAUAG